UAUAAGGCGGAGCUCGGCGGGAGAGGUGCAGGCUGGAGCAGAGCUGAGCCGAGAGGAAUCCAGCCGUAAGGGGAGCUGAGAGCGGCCGGCGGAUCCGUAGACCUCGCCUAGGACGGCCGCGCGCUGGGCAUCGCUCGAGGGAGCUGCGCGCAGCGCAAUCGGCGGCGCCGAAUCGGAGCCCCGCGCAGUCCGCGCAGCGCGGCGCAGCCCUGAUCCGCGCAGCUCGCCGCUCUACUCCAGCCGCCGGUCCGGGCAGCAUGAGGCGCGCGGCGCUCUGGCUGUGGCUCUGCGCGCUGGCGCUACGCCUGCAGCCGGCCCUCCUGCACAGUGUGGCCGUAAACAUGCCCCCUGAAGAUCAGGACGGCUCUGGGGAUGACAAUGACAACUUCUCUGGCUCGGGCGCAGGUGCUUUGCCAGAUAUCACCUCAUCACAGGCGCCCUCCACCUGGAAGGACCUGGGGCCCGUGACAACCACAGCCACGGCUCCAGAGCCCACCAGCCCAGAUGCCAUCGCCGCCUCCACCACCAUCCUGCCAACCGGAGAGCAGCCUGAGGGGGGCAGGGCAGUGCUCCUGGCAGAGGUGGAGCCUGGCCUCACAGCCCAGAAGGAGGCCACCCACCCACCCAGUGAGACCACGCUGCACCCGACCACUCACAGUGUGUCCACAGCCAGAGCCACCAUGGCCCCGGGACCCGCCACCUCCCAUCCGCACAGGGACGUGCAGCCCGACCACCAUGAGACCUCGGCUCCCACAGGCCGGGGCCGUCUGGAGCCGCACAGGCCCCACGUGGAGGAGGGAGGUCCUCCUGCCACUGAGAAGGCGGCUGAGGAGGACCCGUCCACCCAGACCCCAGUGGGAGAGGGCUCUGGGGAGCAGGACUUCACCUUCGACUUGUCUGGGGAGAAUGCGGCUGGGGCCGCAGUGGAACCUGGCUCACGGAACGGAGCCCCGGGGGAUCCUGAGGCCACGGGGGCUACGGGGGCCUCGCAGGGCCUCCUGGACCGGAAGGAAGUCCUGGGAGGGGUCAUUGCUGGAGGCCUCGUGGGGCUCAUCUUUGCCGUGUGCCUGGUGGGUUUCAUGCUGUACCGGAUGAAGAAGAAGGACGAGGGCAGCUACUCCUUGGAGGAGCCAAAACAAGCCAACGGCGGGGCCUACCAGAAGCCCACUAAGCAGGAGGAGUUCUAUGCCUGAUGUGGGGGGACACCUCUCCCCUCUCCCUGCCACUUGCUAGACGCCCCCCACUUGCCUCUUCUGUGAAGAACUACAGACCUGCAUCCCUGCCACCAUGCCACCUCCCUGGAGCGCCCAGCCCCGCUGGCGUCUCCCCUUGCCCACGGAGUCCUGGGCCCGCCGGGGAGGGGACCUCACCUCUGCUUCUCUCUCUGACUUCUGCCUGGAGACUUGGGCACAAGGGCUUUCUCGCGAACGACUGACUUUUCCACUGCAGACAGCACCUGGCAUCCCACCACGCUGACUCAGUUUCUCCAAGCUGAAGCAGGCCCAGCUCUGGAGAGAAGGGGACCCCACUGCUUUGGAUGAAGAUUCUGUGGCUGAGGGUGGACACGUCUGUAGCACUUACUGGUAGACACCAGCAGGCCUGGGGGCAUGUCCUGCCAAGUAGCAGGGCCAGGAGGUCAGGGCUCCGUCAGAAUUCACUUUGUUUCGUGGGGAGGUCUAACUUAGAUGUCAACUUGUUUUUGCACAUGUUUUUCCUCUAGUUUCUUUGUUCAUAGCCCAGUAGGCUUUGUUACUUCUGAGGUAAGUUAAGUAAGUCGAUUUGGUUAUUCCCCAUCUUUCUUCCCUAAUCUACAGUCAGGAGAUAGCAUCAGGGUUAUUAAGAAGACUUUUCUUUUUUUUUUUUUUUUUUUUUUUUUUUUUUUUGACUAGGAGAACCAAAUCCAGGAGCCAGUGUCUAGGUUAGUUUGUGUCUUGUCUGAGUUUAUCGCUCACGUGUGCAACAGGGUAUGGAAUGUCUGUUGGGUGGCCUCAUUGGUGGGCUGGCCCAUCACGGCUCCCAUGGGUGGUCACCUCUUGGAGCAGUCCUGCCUGUGUCCAUGAACUUGGGGCCAGGGCCAUGGCCUGGGCGACUACGAUACUGGGGCGGCCCCUGUAACAUUGAAUCCUGAUGUCUCAGGCUGGGGAAGAUCAAGGAGAGACGACUCUAGGGUGGGAGAGAUGGCGCUGGGCCCAGAGAAUCUCCCGUAGACCAAGCCCUUCCUUUGAUGCCAUCUCUUGGGGACACUUUCUCCUGUAAAGUGACAAGAGAUGUCUUGGGUACACCUGGCACUGAGCUGCCCCACGGAUGGACCAGGCUCACUUGAUUAGCUCCUGUAGCCUGACUGUGGGCUGGAAUCAGGAAUAUUCCAAAGAGUAAUAGUCUUUUGCUUUUGGCAAAACUCUAUUUAAUCCAAUGGGUUUUUCCCUGUACAGUAGAUUUUCCAAAUGUAAUAAACUUUAAUAUAAAGUAGUCACGUGAACUCUACUGCCUUUGCUUCUUUCUGUGCUGGUUGUAUGUUUGACCAGCCUUUUCUCUAAAUGCCAACAAUAUUGGGAAACUUGGCUAAAAGCUCUGUGCUUUGUCUUUCCCAUGGGGAGGGAUUCGGAGGCCAGAGCACCUCUUGUUUGUUUGGUUUUUUUGUGUUGUUGUUUUUUCUCAACUUCUUCUGGACCUUGGCAGGUUCUGCCAAGGUUGUACAAGGCCUGAUGUAAAUUUCUGUGUUGCCAAGUUCGAAAGAACAUCUCCUAAAUGGUGACGAAGCUGUGUCGGCCCCAGUCCAGCUUGAUCGGAGCCCAUGGGCCCCACGGAGGCCUGGAGCCAAGGCCUGCCUCUCAGACACCUUGGAUGUUCCUUUUCUCACACCUUUGCUGGGACCAGAGACAACCCCCCACCCCACCCCACCCCCGUCCCAGCCCUGGCUCCUGGGAACUCCUGUGCUUGCUUAUUUAAUUUGACAAUGUUCCAGCUGCUCUGUUGGCUUCUCCAAGAGGGGACCGUCCAAGACUUGGAGAGACGCCCCUGCCCGAUGAAGGGGACCCGUGCCUUGUGUUCCAUACGGGGACUUUGUGCCUGGAGUGUAUGACUGGACACGACUCGGGGAUGGGGAAGGGGUUGUGACUGUGCUCAUCUCUGUGGGCCCAUGGGAUGGCACUCGGCCAGUGACUGGGCCCAUUCAUGUAACUGUAAUAAACGGUACUUGUCA